GUUAAAGGGGCUGAGAAGGGAAAGGCUCUUCUAGAACGCAAGGGCGAUGCCCUUAAGAUGAAGCACAAAGAGAUGGCAGGCCGGCUCUACCUCCAGAAACAAGAACUGGAAAAGAAGAUGGAAACAGCCUUCUACCUACUGAGCCGGGCAGAACUCUACGGUGCUGACUUGCGCCUGUCCAUUCACCAGGCAAACAGUGCUCCGCUCUCGGUGCAGCGACAGCAGGAGAUGAUUGCUGGCAUUUCGUUUCCCAAGCUAGAGAUUGCCGAAGAGAUCCGGCCGAUGUACUUCUUGGGUACGUCGGGCAAACUCAUUAGUGAGUGCCGCUCCAUGUUUUUGGAGUGCUUGGUUCUUUUGGUGGAAGUGUCCAGUACCCAGCUGGCCUUCACUCUGCUUGACGAAAUGGUUUUGGCCAUCAGCCGCCGAGUCAAUGCGCUAGAGCAUGUGCUUAUUCCCAAAAUAGAAAACACCAUUGCGUAUGUCCAGUCUGAGCUGGAUGAGCAGGACCGAGAAGAGUUCUUUCGCCUCAAGAAAGUCCAAAGACCAAAGAGUGUCUAG